AUGUUUUCUAAAACUACCUUUCUUCCCUUUGCAGCCCUUAUAGCUCUCACAGCUAGCCAAAAUCUACAGGCCACUCUACAUACAACAUCAUGGAACUCAACAUUCAAACUCUCGCCUCAGCAACUUAGUCUUGCCAACUUGACCACUGAACAAGGCGCGCAGAUCAACAACAUCAUCAACUUUGACCGAACUCUACUCGCCAAUGGUGGUCCUCACCAAGAUGGCUUUUACACCCUGCCCCCUGGUCUGAAGAUCCCCAAGGUUGCGGGCGAGCUUAUCAAGUUCCAAGAAAUCACAGAUCCAGAGCCAUACACGAUCCCUGCUUCGACCGCAAUGUCUCGUUUCCUCUACUCAACUAGAAAUAUUAAUGGUACUCUUGUUCCUGCUUCUGCUUACAUCCUUUGGCCAUAUACCACCAAGAAAAUGAAAAGCGUUCCCGACGGAAAGGCGCCAACUGUACUUUGGACUCACGGCACAUCUGGAUGGUAUCCCACUGCCGCACCAUCUACCCACCGCAGUCUCUUCUAUCAGGACUUUGUGCCAUAUGCCUUGGCUCUAGCAGGGUAUGCUGUCGUGGCCCCUGACUACGCUGGUCUCGGCGUUGGCACCUCAUGGAAGGGGACUGCCAUUCCUCACGAAUAUGGCAUCUAUCAGGCUGGUGGAGCAGAUGCUCUCAAUGCUCUGAGAGCUGCUUUAACUGCAUUUCCACAGCGUUUGACAACUGAUUAUGUAAAUGUUGGUCAUAGUCAGGGAGGUGCCGUUGGAUGGGGUGUCUCUGAGCUUCUUGCGGAAAAGAAGGGAAGAUUCAAGGAUCUCGUUAAGGGCCAUCUAGGAACCCUUCUUUUUGCCCCACCGACAGAUGCAUUCUCUGACUGGCUUACACCUCUGGGUAUCGACCGAGUCACUCUUUUCAACCAGGUUGAGGGAUCUCAAAGCGUCAGCGGCUUUCUCUUCCGCUCUGAAAAGGAGAUAGUCCAGCCUGACUGGAUGAACACAUGGUCUGUGGCCGCUCUCAAAAGAAUCGUUAACCCCGGUGAGAGGCCUUGGAAGGGACCUCUGCUUAUCAUCCAUGGUGAAGAAGACCCAGCGGUGCAUUACAACGCAUCAUUGGCUACUUCGAAGGCUACUUGCGAGAAGUAUCCUGGUGAUCUGGAGUUCUUGGGUGUUCCUGGAGUUGGUCACUUUCCUGGUAUGUAUGCAACUAGGUCGAUUUGGAUGGAUUGGAUCAAGGAUCGGUUCGAGGGACGCAAGGUCCAAAAGGAAGGCUGCGUUCAGUCCCAGGUUGAUCGUUUUCUACCCGACGAUCAUUAUCAGCAUGAUCCAAAUUCCUUCCCUUUGUGGGCUGGCAAAUCUGAAUGGGCUUAUGAGCUUCCCCAGGGUCAUUAG